AUGAGCCUGCUGAUGACUAUUGGUUGGCUCGUUGCUGCUGCCGCUGCCAUGACUGUGUUGUAUUCAACUUACGGCCAGUACCACGGAACUACUCUCCAGACGGAAGCCGAGAACGUGCUGUACCUGACUGUUCACCGUACCGUCUGGGCCAUGGCGCUUGGCUGGGUGGUUGUCGCAUGUCAUCAUGGAUACGGAGGAGUGGUGGAUAUCAUCCUCUCCUGGGACGCCUGGGUGCCCCUGAGCCGACUGACCUACUGUGCCUACCUCAUACAUAUUCUGCUGUUGACAGCAGUAAACUUGACCUUGGAGGUGCCCAUCCACUACACCACAUUCACUAUGCUUCUAGACGUGGUGAAGAAGUGCCGCUCCCCUGCUAAUAUGAACAGUAACAUGAGACUGUUCUUGUACAUUUAUCUUUGUUUGGCUGUAGUGAUCUUAGCCAGGUCACAGGCGGUAUGGAAACAAGGUGUUCCCGACGCUACAGGCCAGUUUAACUUCUUGGCCUCCUUAAUCAGCUCAAAAGAACCUUUUCAGCAGAAACUUGUCAACACCAUCCGCGAUUUCAGCACCGUGAACUGGACUGAUAUCUCCAUACCCGCCCAACCCACCGGCAACAUCAGCCAACAGUGUCAGAAGGAUGUUGCACAGUACAACGCAGACCUGUCCCAUGGAAAGAUGUACGCCCUGCAAAUGCUGGACGCAGGAGGAAAACCCCCAAGCGGAAUCUUGGGCGGAAACCUGGUCUGGACCGGUAGCUACUCGCAGUGCGUGAACAUCACGAGGAAAGGCUUCAACAUCACCUUCGAUGGGAAGUUCUACAUGGCUACGCUGGUACCAGUGGUCGGCGGCGGAAUAGCCGGGGUGACUAAGUUGACGAUCGGCGUUUGUGUGCCCAGCUCCUGUAAUCAACAUGACGUCAACCAAACAUUGGACGGCAGUAUCUACUGGCGUUUCUUUGUACAGCAGGGAAUACUGCAAGUGACGUCAGCCUAUUCACAGGAGUCCCCACCAAUCCAGAAUGUCACUAUCGCGGCGAUCUGUAUCUGCAGCGUCCUCCUUCUCCUCAUUGCGAUGGGAACUAUCUAUGACGUCAUCAUCCACCAACCCCGACUGAUGGCCAUUAAAAGGCAGAAGGAGAGUGAAGCACAAGAAUCUGACGUCACUGCGAAUUUACCUGACGAAAGGACGCUGCUCCUGAACCGACUUCCACGCAAGGAAACCCAAGCAACCGAAAAAGGUAUGACCGGCCGUAUCCUCCUGUGCUUCUCCCUCUACACCAACAUCGGGAAGCUCCUCAGCACCAAACAGGCGCCCGGCAGCAUCAAGUGUCUGCACGGCAUCCGCGUCAUCAGUAUGACCUGGGUCAUUCUGGGGCACACCUAUGGUGCAGCUGAACCGCACGUCGACAACUCGCUGCAAGUCUCGGAGGCCUUGCAGACAUUUACAAUUCAAGCCAUCAGUAAUGCAUCCGUUGCUGUGGACUCCUUCUUCUUUCUCAGUGGACUCCUGAUGUCAUACCUUCUAAUCAAGCAGAUGGAGAAGAACAGAGAAAAGGGAAAAUCAGUUCCAUAUGGGAUGGUGUAUUUCCACAGAUAUUGGAGGUUGACACCUACGUACAUGUUCGCCAUGAUGCUGUGGAUGUGGGUGCUUCCCUACAUGUUCUCUGGUCCAUUCUGGCCGCAACAUCCUGACGGGCUAGAUCCAAACUGUGGUGACAACUGGUGGACAAACCUACUGUAUGUCAACAACUUUGUCAACUUGGACAGGAUGUGCAUGGCGUGGACCUGGUACUUGGCCAAUGAUAUGCAGUUCUUCGUCAUCGGAGUUCCUCUCGUCUACAUACUGUACAGAUGGCAGAUAUUGGGGAUUGCUGUGCAGCUGGUUCUUCUGUUGGCAAGCUUCAUCACUACUGCAGUGAUCAGUUGGCAAUAUGACAUGAAAGCACCCAACGGGGACGGGAGUAAGUACUACAUAAAGCCGUACUGUCGUAUCGGGCCGUACUUGGUGGGAGUAGCUGUUGGCUGGCUGCUGAUCAAGAUAAAACCGAAACAGACCAAGAGUAUGACCAUGAGCCUGCUGAUGACUAUUGGUUGGCUCGUUGCUGCUGCCGCUGCCAUGACUGUGUUGUAUUCAACUUACGGCCAGUACCACGGAACUACUCUCCAGACGGAAGCCGAGAACGUGCUGUACCUGACUGUUCACCGUACCGUCUGGGCCUUGGCGCUUGGCUGGGUGGUUGUCGCAUGUCAUCAUGGAUACGGAGGAGUGGUGGACAUCAUCCUCUCCUGGGAUGCCUGGGUGCCCCUGAGCCGACUGACCUACUGUGCCUACCUGAUACAUCUUAUGCUGCUGGCAGCAGUAAACCUCACCUUGGAGGUGCCCAUCCACUACACCACAUUCACUAUGAUCUAUUUCUUCUUGGGGAACGUGACUCUUUCCUACGGUUUGGCCUUCCUGUUGUCUGUGGCAGUGGAAGUACCAUUGAUGGGAGUGGAGAAAGUCAUCUUCAACAAAUAAGACAGAACUGCAGAAUACUCCACGAAAGCAACCUUUUCAGAUCAAAGGACAGGCAACCUAUUCCUUAUCGCGCUUCAUAUAUCUGAUAGUGUGAUUACAAUUUACAAGGAUUUGACAUCAGAAAAUGUAGAUUUUCAUAAAGCGUGGCUUAAACACAAUAUUGAAUGUGGAAUUUAGAGUGUUUCUUUUUCCUUCAGCAGCUUCUGAGGAGAAUAAUUGUAGGAAAGUAUGACGAAUAAUUACAAGCGAUUUGCCUUACAGAAGAAACUGGAAUCUGUAGAGCAAAUUCACAAAAGCAUUUAGUGUUUGCGUUCUUCAAUUUUCACAAGAUUCAGAAUACUAUGGAAAUGUAAAAUUUACAUAUAUCCAUUGCAGUUCCAAACCAUAAACUACUGGACUAUACCUUACGUUUAUUACUUGCUAUGAAAAUAAAUCCUGAAUUCACA